GUGCUGCUGGAUGCUGCAAAAGUGUUAUCUCCGCUUCGUUUGCAGCAUCUCCUCUUCGUCGUCCCAUAUCAUCCCGUGUAUAGUGAGUGCAGGGAGAAAACGAGAGCGCGUACCAAAUAAGUAUUCCAGAAAGAAAAAUAAUAAAACAACACACAUACGCGCGCGCGACCUACAGAGGGAACCAGACGUUCGUUGUUUGUUCGCUGUUUUGUGGGCUCUGGCUCUCCCCUCCCGUCGUGUCGUCCUCAUCCCGUAUGCGGUAAUGUAGAGGAAGAAAAAUAAUAAGUGCUCCCCAUAAGUAGUAUGUAGAGUAGAUUGCAUUAGAAGAGUAAGUUCGUGUUGUGCGAUUCGAUUCAAAACAAAGCAAAUGAAAUUAUAAUAAAAAUGAAUAUGAUAAUGCAGUGCCAGCGACAGCUCUGCUGAAAAUCUAUUAGUGGAAAAAACCUGAUCCCCAAAGCACCCGAUUCGGUUGUGAGCCACAGAUCUAGCUACUACUAGAAAGGGAUCAAAACUCGGUCACCACCGUGUUGUUAGCUUCUAAUCAAUUAUCAGUCCCAGUCAAUUACGCUGCAGUGCAGCCUGGCUCUUGACGUAGGCAAGACUUACAACAGCACAACAGUGACAAGGUACAGUUACUUUCCGGAGAGCUGUGGUUUACAAACAACACCAGAAAGGCAGCUGAGCAGAGGGUGACAAAAAGUCUUCAAAGCAACAAAACCGGACUGAUUGGUUCGUACGGUCCCGAUAGUGUCGUCUGCGUGGCGGUGGGUUUCCCAAAACCAACUGGGAACGGGUGCGUGGCAGCAGCCUACGGGGGCAAAACACAGCACACAAACACUCUAGUCGAAAUAUGUCAUCCGGAGCAGGAGGAGGAGUACUCGGAGGCGGUCAAAAUCUGACGGCGGACCGAGAGUUCCGAUACAUUGUACAGUGGUUCACGGAAUGGAGUGACUUCCAGCGGGAGGACUUUGUGCCGAUACUGGCUUCCUAUCUGGCCAAGGGAAAUCCCGGUGGACCGGCGUACGUUAAUGGGAUCAUCGGUGGAAUGGCCAGUGUUAGCGGACAGGACAAACCGAUGAGCCUGUUCCAGUGUAGGGUCAAACUUUUCAACGAAUGGUCAGCCAAAUGGCCAGAAUCCAAUGGCGAUAAAUUACUGGAACGACUCGCCGAAAUUGAUCCCGACUUUGCGCAGCAAAUCCAGCAGGAACUUUCCGGUGAGCCGAAAAUCGUCGACCAUGAACCCACCUUGGAAUACGAGAAUGGCGAUCCGGCAAGCAUGGGUUUCAAUUCCUCCUGCCCAGCGGAACAAACGACAGCCACCAUCACCACCAACACCAUCGAGCCCAUCGUGCUGGUUAUUGGAGAAGACUAAAUCAAACUUGAGUACCAUGAAAUUGUUCUACAUUCCUUCCUUCCUUUUGCAUCUCGCCCGAGUGGGGAAAAGGAAGCACGCACUGAGAAUCCAUAUCUUGUUUUUUUUAAAGACUUAGCUACUUGAUAUUUAUUUUUGCCACUAGCAUUCCGCGUAGCUCUUUCUAUUUAAACAGAAAAAGAAGCGAAUAUUUAAUUAAUUUAUUGCAACUGAUUAGCAUUAGCAUCGAAGAAAUCUCCCCCAGUCCCACCACAGAGUUUUCCCUGUUUUUCGCCACUAUUGAAAUAGCUAUUUAACAGACUACAACUAAACUAGAUUACGGACGACGACAAAUCAAAAAACAGAAAACAAACCAGAACCGAGAUCUAGCGAUACGUGUAGUAUUUAUCAACGCGGUAGUAGUUGUUAAGAAUCUAAAAGCAAUUAUGAAUUUGCCAUAAUGAAGAAAAAAAGUUCUCAAUUACUAGAACGUAUGUAUUUAGCCAGGAAACUAGAAUAACCCCAUUGGUCCUACAAGGAAGCGAAAAAAAAGUAUAAAUAUUGAGGUUUAUUAUUCUGAAAGUAUGAAACAUUUUAAGGCUAGCAACGGAGGAUGUAACAAUGCAGUAACUGCAUAAAUUACAUUCCUACAUUCGACACAACUGAAGUGUAAAGAGUUGAGAAAAAGAAUAAAUAAAAAUGCAAAAAAAAA